UUGUAUAUCUUCACCUCCGAAUUAUAUCCAACAAUAGUGCGCAAUACCGCAGUAGGAGUGACAUCCAUGGUGGCACGAUUCGGCUCCGGAGUCUCUUCGUACAUCGCUUUGUUGUCAAUCAAUUCCUUGCCCAUCAUGCCAAUGAUCAUCUUUGCCAUAUUUUCUCUCUUCGCCGGAAUGCUGGUCAGUGUCUUGCCCGAAACGAGUGAGAAGCCGCUACCGGAAACUUUGGACGUAAGUAGAUCGCAAUUCGUGUACAAUCACCAAAAGGCAUGCUAUGGGUGGGGAAUCUCAGGACCCCACACUAGGAGCAUUUCUCUGCACGAGCAACCAUCAGCUGCAGAUGACCUAGUACAAGAGAAGGACGAGAAGGUUGAUGUGAUAGGAACAGGGUUUGUUGACCGUCCUGACAACCAGUUUCCAAUCAGUAACAAUUUCUUUCAGACGGAAACGAUAUCCAGCAGGAAGUCAGCGUCGUAUGGUGUCACCACGCACCAUCAGUUUGCCAAGAAACGUAUGCGUCUGUUUCUCUAA